UCCUGUUUCUUUAAAGCCGCUCAUCUGCGCGCCCGGCCGGCUCCGGCGCCCAGGGGCAGGCUGCGGGGAGCCGCGGGCGGGCAGGCGGCCGCACGCACGCACGCACGGACUGAGAAACCCGCCCGCCAGGGCUCCCGCUGCCCGCAGGGGCUCCCGCUGCCCGCCGGGGCCGAGCGGGCGCAGAUGGGCGGCGGCGGCUGCGGGGCGGCGGCAGCGCGAACGGAGCGGCGGAGCAGCCGCUGCUGAGCGCACCCGCGUAGCGCCUAGCGCCAUGCGGAGCGCGCCGCUGGCGGAGGGCGAGCCGUGGCCGCGCCUCUGCGCCGCCGAGCUCGGGGGGCUGAGGCGACUGCGGCGCAAGCAGGGCUGCGGAGGCUUCCGCGUGGAACUCAAAGUGCUGAGCGGGAGGCGGACGGCGCUCCGCGGGCCCCCCCCGCGCCCCGCCGCGCCGCCACCCGCCUGGGAGCCGCGCAGCGCCUGCACCGCCGCACCGCCGCCCGCCGCCCGCCCGCCGCCGCCGCCGCCGCCCGCCACCUCCCCGCGGCCGGGCGAAGCGUCCGGCGUGUCCCCGGAGAUCAAAGCCCUGCAGCAGACGCGACGGCUGCUGGCCAACGCCCGCGAACGGACCCGAGUCCACACCAUCAGCGCCGCCUUCGAGGCGCUGCGGAAGCAGGUUCCCUGCUAUUCUUAUGGUCAAAAGUUGUCCAAACUGGCCAUCUUGAGAAUAGCCUGUAACUAUAUCCUUUCCCUGGCCAGACUAGCAGACCUGGAUUACAGCGCUGACCACAGUAACAUGAGCUUCUCUGAAUGCGUGGAGCAGUGCACUAGGACCUUACAAGCAGAAGGAAGAUCUAAAAAAAGGAAGGAGUAAUAACCAGGAGGGAGCAUUCAAAAGAGCUUCCAGACAGAGUUACAUCUGUUCUUGGCAAAUGUUGCAUGAUCCAGAUGAAGACUGCAAGCAGCUUUUUUGCAGAAAUCCCUUUUCAAGAUGAUGAUUGGCCAAGGAACUUUAUUAAUCUCUGGAACAGAAAGGAAGAAAAGGAAAAGAAAACAAAACAAACAAAAGAAAGGAUGAGGAUUCCUAUUGUUGUUAAGCCAGCCACCUUUUAGUAUGUGCAAUUUAAUUAGCACUUUUCCCUUUGCUUAACUGGGAAAUGUUCCCCUCUCAGCUCAUGUGUAAAGUAAUUUGUUGUUGUUGUUGCUAUUGUGCCAAAGAUUUGAUGGAGCUUCUACACUGUGUCUUAUUUUUGCCUUAACAUUAAAUCUUUGAGCCAAAGAGAAGUCAGAGAUGCCAUGCAGAUGGUGAUGAGCAGGCCAGCCAGCUGUCAGUGACAGAUGUGGACUUCUGAAUCCCUCUGUGAGUUGCCUCUUAUUUCUCCUGCCCACACUCCUCCGCAUGCAGCCCUGGCGCCAGUGUUCAGUGUGGGCAAGGUCUGGGACAACAACAAAUCAUGCUUCAGCGUUCAGGUUUGCUUCUUUGUUUGAGCCACUCUGCAGUUCUGCCUUCGGGGCAAUUUCCUGCCUGUGUAACACAUCCACGGGGUGGAAAUACUGACACAAAGUGAGAACUGAAACAGGAGCUAGGGCUUUAUUUUAUUGUUUUUUAACAAAUCAAUAAAAGUAAAUAAGGAAAAACUCAGUGCCAUGUAAAGAAAACAAAUCAGAAGCAAGUUUGGCUAAUCAGAAGGACGCGCAGCAAACAUGGCAGGCGUUCAGCUUUGGGACAGCCUUCUGCCCCUGGGGUUCUUCAAGCGAUCAGAAGCCCAUGAAAUGCAAAAGCGUUUGAAGCCUGCACUGUACCUUUCACUUCAAAUUGAAGUAAAAAAAAGAUAAAAGAUUGAGAAACAUUUGCUUGGAGUAAGCAGACUUACUGGUAAUGCAGUUGGUGUGCAAGACAUCUGCUAAUGAUGGGGGGUGGAGCUCUGUGUCCAAGGGAAAGCAAACUGAGGGUGUGCACACCAAGGAGAUGAUUGUGUUCUGUUCCCUGCUCAAGGGGCAGGGUUAUUUGUGAGGUCAGGGUGGCAUCCUGGCUACAUCAGCAGGAAUCGGGUGCUCAGGUGUCUGGCUUACUCCAGUCUGAAUCUGGCUGACCAUCACCAGGCACUGGGGGGUGAGGGGCUGGAGCAGAGAGGCAUUAGGUGGCAGAGAAGAGAAUAAGCCCUGUUCUACUACCACAAAGACAAAGCUUGAACUCCUCAGUGCCUGCUCGUUUCUCUCCCAAGCUGAGCAGCGGGCAGAUGGACACCAAGCUGGGGAGCCAGAAUGCAAAACCUGAGCUCCCUGGAGCAGAGUGGGUGUCUGGGGUGCCAUGCUGCCAUGAUGGUCUGCUUGUUGCCACGUAUUCUGACCCAGGUAAGGAUGGACAAACUCCUGGUAAGGAUGCUCCAGAUGUCUUCUAUUUGAUUUCUGGGACACCUGAGGGAUGGCUGUGUCCAAACUCCCUCCCAGAAGCUCGUGAUAUACCUCUGCCCUCACUGCUGGUCAUUAGAAGCAGCCCAAUAAAAUACCUUUCUAGAUUGUCAUGUGUAUUCCUUUCUUAAAGCAUGGGGUUUAAUCCUCUCUUUCAUUACGUUCAGGUAUUCAUCUUGUAACAGGGAGAGGGGUGGAUCUCAUGGGCCAUGGGAAACACUCCAGGGGGUGUACACCCAUGUCAAAGGGUAGGGCUUAAAGUGCAUCUGCUUUUGCAAACCCCAGAGUCGUCUCACAGAGGAGAGCCAGCCAGAGAGAACAGAAUCACAAAACAUCCAGUUGGAAGAGACCUCCAAGCUCAUCUAGUCCAACCCUCCACCCAGCACUGCAGGGUCAACACUAAACCCUGAGGGAGCUGGGGGUGUUCAGGCUGGAGAAGAGGAAGCUGAGGGAGACCUCCUUGCUCUCUACAGCUCCCUGAAGGGAGGUUGGAGUGAGGAGGGGGCAGCCUCUGCUCCUUGGUGGCAAGGGACAGGAGCAGAGGCAAUGGUUCCAAGCUGCCCCAGGGGAGGCUCAGGCUGGAGCUCAGGAAAUCUUUCUGCCCUGGAAGGGUUCUCAGAGCUUGGCAGAGGCUGCCCAGGGCAGUGCUGCAGUGCCCAUCCCUGGGGCUGUUCCAGCAGCUGUGGAGCUGGUGCUUAGGGCCAUGGUUUGGUGCUGAGCCUGCAAUGCUAGGUUAAGGGCUGGGCUGGAUGAGCUUGGAGGUCUCUUCCAACCAGAUGUUUUCUGUUAUUCUGUACGUUUGUAAUGGGACAAGCUUGCCCAAGAAGCUGUCUUGAAAGUUUUAACUCAUGACAUAAUAAUUUGUAAAAUCUGGGUCCUUUCACAUCAGUAUUGAAAGGACAAAUCAGCUUUGGAGGCAUCCAUGCAUGUACUUCCUGGUGUUCAAUGGAUUUUUUGUAGCAGCAAGCACAAGCAGCUGGUCUGGUUCCCUGGUGUUCCCAGGGAUGUGUUUUGUGCAGCAGUAGCUUCAGGAACUGGUCAAUAUUAACAUUAAGUUCCUGUCCCUGUGAGCAUGUCCCCUCUCACUUGGCACACUGCACUAAAAGAGAUGGCCAAGGCUGGCUCCCAUCCAGUUGUGUAAGAGAGUGCAAAGCAUGGGCUUAAGGGUAGGGAUCUUUGCAAGGAAGCAGAAGAUCUCAUUGCUGUUCCCCUUUCCAUUGUAAUAAUCUAUACCUCAUGAAUUACACCAUCAACCACUCCUGGGGUUGCUGUGUGGAGGAAAGCAACAAAGUUUUUAUGGAAGAAGCCUGAGAGGGCUGAAAGUGAGACAGAUUGGCAAGACUCACAGACAGGCUUGAGCCCCUGACUGAGGAGCCAGCAGAGGAGGGUGGGACUGUGGGGUUAGCAGGACCCUGAGCAGCUGAGGUUUAUGUGGGGAGAGCUGUGCUGGAUCCUCACCUCAUCAGCGCACAGGGUGGAGCAGCCACCAGGCUGGCACCAAGUAGUGAGUGGGUGCUCUUUGCCA